CCAUCAGCUGCAUCGUCUCGGUGAUUGUAGUUCAAGCGCCCACUCUUGCUAUUGUCGUCCGCUAGCUGUGGCUAUGGGUCCUUAAACUUGAGCUGCUGAAAUUUUGAAAGGUGCAACAUGCUUUGCCAAUUUUCUAAGAUUGGCACAGCCACAAGGGGCCGUGUGCUAGAGAAUGGGGUUCCUUGCUGCCUUUCCUUUGGCAGUAGCUAUAACAGAAAGGCAAAUAGCAACAAGCCAUCCCUGUACAGAGGGUUGCCUUCUGAUGUGAGAUUUUCUUCAAGCUUACCUACUCAGGCACAGGUUGUUAUCUGUGGCGCAGGAGUGGUAGGAAACAGUAUUGCAUAUCAUUUAACUCGAGAAGGAUGGACGGAUGUUGUUGUUUUAGACCAGAAUGAGAUAGGGUCUGGCACUUCGCAUAGUGGAUCUGGUGUACUUGGCUUGUUUAAACCAUCGUCAGAAAGGCAAAUUGUUACAUAUUCAGUCAAUCUGAUUAAGACCCUCCAAGAACAGGGCUAUAAUUUGGGCUUCAAGCAGUGUGGCAGUUUGAACCUGGCUCAGACUAGGGACAGAGCAAUUGCACUGAAACGAAGACUUGCAUACACUAAACCUUCUGGACUUGAAUGUGAGUGGUUAGAUAGACAUGAAAUUAAACGUUUACAUCCACACCUCUAUACUGGAGACCUUGAAGGCGGAGUCUGGGUAGCAGAUGAUGCAGUUGCAAACCCUUCUGCAGUAUCAACUUUGGCUUUGCUAGCUCAGAUGCAAGGAGCUUUUUACAUGGAAGGAUGUUCUGUUCUACGUGUUAUAACAGAUGAAAUACCACACUCACAAAUUGUGCCGAAAGUUACACAGAUUGUAACUUCUCAUGGAAACAUACAUUGUGAAUACUUUGUUAAUGCAUCUGGAAUGUGGGCCCGCAAUUUAGGAGAAAAAAGUUCUCCGAAAGUUCGAGUUCCUGCUUUCCCAGCUGAGCAUUUCUACCUACACACAGAGAAAGUAAUGGAAGCAUUGGAUGCCUUACCAGUUGUUCGUGAUUAUGAUUCACACACAUUCUGCCUGACUCGUGAUCAGGAGUUUGUGGUUGGAGGAUUUGAAAAAGAUGCAAAGCCAGCCUUUGAUACUGGAAUACCAAGCAACUGGAAAGAAACACUAGAAGGAGAUGAUGAACAUUUUAGAACUAUCCGAGAGGCAGCAGAGCACAGACUUCCUGUUCUAAAAGAAUCUCAGUAUAAGCCUCUUAUCAAUGCUCCUGAUAACUUUACUCCAGAUGGAAAAUGGAUUCUAGGAGAAACACCUGAGAUUGACAAUUAUUUUGUAGCAGUAGGAAUGAAUGGUAACAGCUUACAAGGUGCAGGUGGGGCAGGCCAAGCUAUAGCUGAAUGGAUAAUGUAUGGCUCAUUAUCAAAAGAGAUGUUGCCAUUUGAUGUUAGACGCUUUGUUGAUCUUCACAAUAACAGACGUUACCUCAAGGAGAGGACACGUGAAGUUGUUGGGAGGCACUAUGAUAUCCUAUAUCCUGGCCAGUGUGAAUAUAAAUAUGCCAGAAAGCUGAGAUGUUCCCCAAUAAAUAGUGAGCAAGAAGCACGUGGUGCAGUUUUUGGAACACGAAUGGGAUUUGAACGUCCUCUUUAUUUUGAUAUCACGCACAAGAGAGGAGACCCACCAGCACAGAUGCCAGAAGGGACCUUUGGAAAGCCAUCAUUUAUAGACUGUGUUCGUGAAGAAUACCAUGCUUGUCGUGAAGGAGUUGGUGUUAUAGAUCUCUCCUCUUUUACAAAGAUUGAAAUUACGUCUGUCGGCUUUGAUAAGUACAGGCAGUUUGAUGCUGAGGAGACAAAG